AUGGAUUGGGAUACAUUUUCGGCAUCUGCUUUAGGUCCGUUGGAAUCUACCACGAAUUCAUCUUUUGUGGUCAAUCUAUUUGAAUUGUCCAAAGAUUUGGUCACACCUACGGAUAAAUCCAGUGGAAAGGGUACAAAUUUAGACUCUAAAAACAUAGAUAACAAUAUAAACAUUGGUAAUUAUGAAGAAUCAUCGCUCGACUAUCAUAAAGAUCUACGACUAUGGGAUCAGGAUAAGAGAAUUAUAAUUGACAUCGUAACAAACCGUCUGAAAAAAAUAGAAGAUGCAUCAUUACCAUCGUGCCAUAAGUCUCAUAAAGAUUUAAACCAUUCGGAUGUCCCUGAGGCAGUCUUAUCUAGUGAAUGUGAAGUUUUGAUCAGUUGGAUGGAUAGACACUUUUCCACCAAUUCUAAGAUAACUCCAGAAUCCCACCGGAUAUUUGUUGAAAGUAUUACCAAAUUGUUUGAAAGUCUAUCUAUAGUUCCAACUGAUUUUGUUGAUUUUCUACUGGAUAUAGGAAAAUUAGGUAAUACAAAGUCCCCGACUUUUCUGUCCAGAUAUUUGAAGUUAUCAUUGAAGAAUUUGCAAAAGAACGCCUGGAAAAGCUUACAAAUUUCUAUAUUGAAUACAAAAGGAAUAUUUUUGGACUCACUGUUAUCUGUAGACAGCAAAAAUCCCGUUGAAACACUUAAAAAAAUAAUAGAGUGUGCAAAUAUUAUUUUUCCCGGACAGGCAUCUAUUUCAAACAGUAACUCUAAGAUAAAGGAUUCUGAGUAUUAUUUUUUUAUCGCCUUCCUCUCAUUUAGAUGUGGGUUUACUGAAGGAUUUGAUAUAUUGUCAAAUAAAGAGGUCUGUGAUACCAUACCCCAACUGGAAAACAAUCAUUUUCCUCCCCUUUUUGUGGAAUUAUGUGGGUUUCUCAAGGAAAUCUUGCUCGAUAGGCAAAAUAAAGAUGAUAAACAAUUGUUACUUAGCCGAUUUGCUGGUGAAUAUUCUCCCACUAAACAUGACAAUCAGAACAGUUUUCUAUCUAGGGGCUGUAAUUUUUAUGCACUCUUACUUCUUAGUAUACUGUAUCCUGAUUAUUAUUCCCCAUGUGAUAGCAGUAUGUUACUGACAAAGGAUGAUUAUUUGUGGUACCAACUUAACUUGAUUUUGGUUGGGGCCCAGAGUUCCAUGAUUUCUUCUGUUUCCAAAUUAUGUCAUGCUCUCACUAAGGAAAUAAACACAAUAAAUAUUGCAAAUUCAGAUGUUGUGGAAAAAAUUUUCUUUUAUGCGUAUUCUAUUGCACUAGCAGGUGGAGUUUUGGAAGCUUUAAGGUUGUUGAUGUCGGCAGUGAAAACAUCUUAUAUUCAGACAUUCGCUGUUAUUUUUGUAGUAUAUUUUGAAAAUACCAAUUUAUUUGAUUCUGAAGAUCUCACUUAUAUUGCCUAUAGUUUGUGGAAUCUUGAAGAGAAAUCUCAUGCAAAUAGUCCAGAACUUCCAUAUUUGAUUCAGUUGGCAUUCAACCGCAAGAGAAAUUUGUCACCUGAGAUAAAGAUUUUACUAUCGACCCUACUUCCACAUCCUAAAAGUUUAUUAAUCACAAAGUAUGCUGUUGCAGAAAAUUUUCAUGAAGCUAUUGAUACUCGUUAUCUUGGGAGUUAUAUAACUAGAAAUGGAAUGUUAGCCAUAGGCCCUCUAUUACAGAAAUUAGUCAAGUUGUCCACUAGAAGGGCAUCAGCAAAAUAUGCUAUAUCUCUUUUGGCUCAAUAUUCAGCACAUGUCGGUUUAUGGGUAUCUGCUUUCAAGUGUUUUUAUUGUAUACGGGAUAUCGACAAUUGUGCAUCUGUACUUGAGGCGUGUUGUUGCUAUAUUUUUGAUGGAAAUGAAGCCAAGACAUUUACUAUCGAUGAUCUCUGUGUCUACUAUUCAUUGAUAAAGAGUAUUGCUCCGAAUAACAAGCAAGUUCUUGAAUUAAAAAAUAUAUUCGACUGCAUAAGUUUGUGCGUACUGGCAAGGAACGGUGAACACCAUGAAGCCGUUAUUCAUUGUAAAAAGAAUAAGAUUUUUGAAAAUUCUGCACACAUAUUGAGGAAUGAAUCGCACCAAAUAUACUUUAAUGCAUUGGUCCACUACAUUAAUGCGCUAAAGAAUCUAGUUUCAAGCGGGCAACAGCCAUCUGAUCUCCUGACUCCAAGCGAAGCAAAUGAACUGCUAGACCUGCUAGAGUCAUCAUACCAAAACGUAAACUCAAACAAAGAUCGCACAAUUGACGCAUUCCACACUCUUUUAACAUUUAUAUCGAUAGUACCACCAAAGUCAUAA